UACACGGGUCCAUAUCGCCCGAGCGUCUGUAGCGCAGCGCAGCGCAGCGCAGGACGCCCCGUCUCGGCCUCGCCUUCAUCUACCCGGCCGGGGUUGGUACACAGCGGUGGAUCGUGCAAGCAGCGGCGGUGCCUCGGGUGGAUGAGAGACGGUCCAGCGGGUCGUUCAGCGUCCACAAGACUCCUGUCAGUUGCCUGGUCGCACAGGACAGAAAGCCGGCCAUGGCUUUGAAAAUUGUCAAGGGGAGCAUCGAUCGGAUGUUCGAUAAAAACCUCCAAGAUUUAGUACGUGGCAUCAGGAACCACAAGGAAGAUGAGGCCAAGUAUAUCUCCACCUGCAUCGACGAGAUCAAACACGAACUGAAGCAGGACAACAUCGCUGUCAAGGCCAAUGCUGUGUGCAAGCUUACCUACCUUCAGAUGCUGGGCUACGAUGUCAGCUGGGCGGCUUUCAACAUCGUUGAAGUCAUGAGCUCCUCCAAGUUUACAUACAAGAGGAUUGGCUACCUGGCUGCCUCGCAGUGCUUUCAUGAAAGCACUGAUGUCAUCAUGCUGACAACCAAUCAGAUCCGAAAGGAUCUCAGCAGUCCCAACCAGUAUGACACAGGUGUCGCCCUCACCGGCCUCUCCUGCUUUGUAACCCCAGACCUGGCUCGCGACCUGGCCAACGACAUCAUGACUCUGAUGUCCCACACUAAGCCCUACAUCAGAAAAAAAGCAGUGCUGAUCAUGUACAAGGUGUUUCUGAAGUACCCUGAGUCCCUGCGCCCUGCCUUCCCUAGGCUCAAGGAGAAACUGGAAGACCCAGACCCAGGUGUCCAGUCAGCAGCUGUGAAUGUUAUCUGUGAGCUGGCCAGGAGGAACCCGAAGAACUACCUAUCACUGGCCCCGCUCUUCUUCAAGCUUAUGACUUCCUCCACCAACAACUGGGUCCUCAUCAAGAUUAUCAAGCUGUUUGGUGCACUCACGCCCUUGGAGCCGCGGCUGGGGAAGAAGCUGAUUGAACCUCUGACCAACCUCAUCCACAGUACCUCCGCCAUGUCCCUCCUGUAUGAAUGUGUCAACACUGUGAUUGCAGUGUUGAUUUCCUUGUCCUCUGGGAUGCCCAACCACAGCGCUAGCAUUCAGCUCUGUGUGCAGAAACUGCGAAUCCUAAUAGAAGACUCGGACCAGAACUUGAAGUACCUUGGUCUGUUGGCCAUGUCCAAGAUCCUGAAGACUCAUCCCAAAUCGGUGCAAUCCCACAAGGACCUCAUCCUUCAGUGUCUGGAUGACAAGGAUGAGUCUAUCCGGCUGAGAGCCCUGGACCUCCUCUAUGGCAUGGUCUCCAAAAAGAACCUGAUGGAGAUUGUGAAGAAGCUGAUGCUGCAUGUGGACAAGGCAGAGGGGACCACAUACAGGGACGAACUGCUCACCAAGAUCAUCGAUAUUUGCAGCCAGAGCAACUACCAGUACAUCACCAACUUUGAAUGGUACAUCAGUAUCCUGGUGGAACUGACACGCCUGGAGGGCACACGGCAUGGCCAUCUCAUCGCCUCUCAGAUGCUGGAUGUGGCAAUCAGGGUGAAGGCCAUUAGAGCCUUUGCCGUGGCACAAAUGGCCACUCUGCUGGACAAUGCUCAUCUGCUGACUGGCAACACUCAGCGAAAUGGCAUCUGCGAGGUGCUGUACGCAGCCGCAUGGAUCUGUGGCGAGUUCUCAGAACACCUGGAAAACCCUAUGCAGACGUUGGAGGCCAUGCUGCGGCCCAAAGUGGCCACCCUGCCAGGCCACAUCCAGGCCGUGUACGUACAGAACGCGGCUAAGCUGUUCGCCACAGUGUUAAGGAGCCAGGAGGGAAACACGGACAGCACAGCGGCCCAGGAGACCAGCCAGCUGAUGAUAGAUAGAUUACCGCUCUUCGUUCAAAGCGCCAACCUGGAGGUGCAAGAGAGGGCGUCUUGUAUCCUGCAGCUGGUGAAGUACAUCCAGAAGCUGCAACAGAAGGAUGUAGAGGUGGCAGAGGAGGUCAGCGCUCUGUUUGCUGGAGAACUCAACCCUGUGGCUCCCAAGGCGCAGAAGAAAGUACCUGUCCCUGAAGGUCUGGAUUUGGAUGCCUGGAUCAAUGAGCCUCCCUCUGAGAGUGAGUCUGAGGACGAGAAGCCCAAAGCAAUGUUUGCCAAGGAGGAGCCCAAACACUCCCGCCCACGCCACACAGAAGUGGAUGAGAAGGAGCUAGCAAGGAGGAGAGAAGCAAGGAAGCAGGAGCAGGCCAACAACCCAUUCUACAUCAAGGCGUCCCCAUCCUCUCAAAAGGUGUACCAGGACACCCCGGGGGUGGAGCACAUCCCAGUGGUGCAGAUUGACCUCAGUGUGCCUCUCAAAGUUCCAGGUCUGCCAAUGUCUGACCAGUAUGUGAAGCUGGAGGAGGAGCGCCGUCAGAAGGAGAGGGCAGAGAAAAAGAAGAAGGAAAAGAAGAAGAGGAAAGAAAAGCGCAGUGGUCGGGGAAGGAAGCAUGACUCGGGCCCGGAGAGCGAGGAGGACAUCACACCGGCGCACAUGGUUGACAUUGUUACUGAGGAAAUGCCAGAGAAUGCCUUACCCAGCGACGAGGACGAUAAAGACCCUAAUGACCCCCACAAAGCCCUGGACAUUGACCUAGAUAAGCCCUUGGCAGACAGUGAGAAACUACCGGUCAGAUCACACCGUCCAAUGGAGGUCCUGAAAAGCCCAGUAGAAGAUGGAGAUGUGGAGAGUGCUGCCCUACAGGAGCCCAAGAAGAAAAGCAGCAAGGAGAAGAAGGAGAAGAAGAAGGACAAAGACAAGGAUAGGAAGAAGAGCAAAGAGGAGAAGAAGAAGAAGAAACACAAACACAAGGGGGAAGAGGACCUCCUAGGGGGACAGCCAGAUGAACCUGUUGUCCAGUCAGAAGAAACGAAUCAGGUGGUGGCACUGCCCACUUCCACUACAGCUGAGGUUUCGGAUUUGGAUUUCUGGCUCUCAAACACCUCAGUGCACCCUAACUCCCAGGAAGCAGCAGUAGCAACCACGUCUCCCGUCCCCCAGGCAGCAUCUGGCACAGCGCCAGACUCUGAGUCUGAUGAUCCCAAAGACACCGAAACCGAGGAGACUAAGUCCUCCAAACACAAAAAGAAGAAACAGAAAAAGGAGAAGGAGGAGAAGGAAAAAAAGAAGAAGAAGAAGCACCACCAUCACCAUCAUCACAGCGACGGAGGCGGAGAUGAAUCUGUGCAUAAUGGCACCAUGGAGGAGGAAGAGCCUCUGCCGCCCAUGUCCAAUUACUGUCUGCUGGCUGAGAACUCGUACAUCAAGAUGGUGUACGAUAUCCAGGGGAACCUGCAGGACGGCAGUCAAGUGGUGGUGUCGGUUAUAUUUGAGAACAAGUGCGACAGCUUCCUCAAAUCCAUGGAGUUCAACGUCCUGGACUCGCUCAACUCCAAGCUGCAGAGGCCGGAGGGGACCGGCCCACACGACGGCCUCACUGUGCCGUUCCAGCUUCCGCCCGGGGUAUCAAAUGAAGCACGCUUUGUGUUCAGCGUGCAGAGCAUUGUGAUGCCUCAGAAACUGAAAGGAACCCUCACCUUUAUUGUCAAGAAUGAGGACUCCUCCACCCAUGAGAAACUGGACUUCAAACUGCACUUUACCUGCACCUCCUACCUGAUCACCACUCCUUGUUACAGUGACGCAUUUGCAAAGCUCCUGGAGUCAGGAGACCUGAAGAGCAGCUCUGUUCGGCUGGAAGGAGUCAGCAUGCCCUUCCACCAUCUACUGGCCAGGAUCUGCUUCCACCACCACUUCUCAGUUGUGGAGAGGAUCGAUUCCUGUGCUUCCAUGUACAGCAGGUCUAUCCAGGGUCAUCAUGUGUGUCUGCUGGUCAAAACGGCGGAUCAGACGGUGUCCAUCGACGCUAAAUGUGACGAGCCGUCGCUGCUUGGGAAUGUGCUGGAUGAGAUCAAGCAGACCUUCUCUCAGUGCUGAUUGUGUCUGACAGCCCAUCGGGAGCCCCCCCCCCCACUACCCCAACCCUUGCACCCCAAACUCCACACCAUCCCUCAGUGAAACACAAUCAUAUUAUGAAACACUGCAGCUGGCGCCCCCUGUAUCGCCCUAUUUAUAAGUCCUCAGAUUCACAAGGUUCACUCGCUCUCGCUCUCACCUGUAAUUCCUCCGAGCUCUGCGCUCACUUCCUCUCCUUUCAUGUCGCUGCUCUCCCUGCACUUCUCCAUCUCCAUCUUCCUAAGUUACUGGUUUUCAGACAGUGCCCCCCCUCCCCUCCCCAACUGAGCUCAGCUCAUGGGUUUCUCCGAAUGCUGUUGUUCUCUCUGCUCCUUUCCUGUGCCCCUUCUCCACCCUCCACUGUUAUCGGCAGUCAAGUCUGUGACGGUCAUGUGAUAUAAUCUGACAACUGGACUUUUUUCCAUUAUUGAUGGUUGAAUUAUGUUUUUAGUGUUUUGAGUUUUGUUUUUUAAUUUGUUUUGCUGAUUGAUGUCUGAAGCCUGUUUGCGCCUUUCUCCUGGCCCCGUCCUCUGUGUCCAUCAUUAAAUGUCACCGUGUGUGUGCUGCCCUCCCAUAUAAUCCUGGGAAAUUGUGCAUCUGCCCCCCUCCCUCAUGUGAGUGUCCCAGCUGGAAAACUCGAAGCUUCUCACUUAUUACUGACUUUGUGUUCAGAGAGGACCAGACAGAUGAUGGAAUGUCAGUAGUUCACUGUCACAACAGACGCUUCGUGUAAGGCAUUAGUUUAACUUAGUUUAACUGUGCCUUUGCCCCGCUGUAUGCUACAGGAGACAACGGAGAGCGGCCCAGAGCAGCUUUGCUGACGUUUGUCCUUCUAAAUCUUUUGGUUGGCGGCCACGUCUAGUGUUGCGUAGAACACGUAGAUUGGUGAUUUUUGCCCUGUGCCUUGGUCCCUCGGGCUGACGGGCUCCAGCACUCAGCGAGUCUCACCGACUCGUCCCUCUCCUCAGUGGUCUCCACUGUCUCUUCCAGCUGUGCUGAGCUGUGGUUUGGAUCUCCCUCUUUACAACAUAUCAAUCCCUCCAGGAAUUCCGAUGCCAGAGCCGGCACAUUAACACAUCCAGAAAGAAUUGGAACAGCAAAGUAAAGAAUCGUUCAUUCGAGCCGUGGCACCAGUUGUAGUAGGAGGGCAAGAGGAGUUCCACGAGAUCACAUCAUGUAUUAAAACCCACCCAUCGCACCAAAUCUUUCCUUCCUGCGCAUCCUCCUGUCACGUCCAUGGAUGGGAUAGUGUGAUUGUAUAGCAGAGUUUGAUUUAGUGCCGUGAUUAUGGUGAAUAAAAAAAGCCGGUCUUACUUCUAAGCUGUUUCAGUGUUGUAGGCCUGUAGCCGAGGCAAGGUGCCGCAGGGCCAGGUAAAUUUGGAAGAGUGGCCCGCCCAUUUAGCUCCGUUGUUCGUCUUCGCUUUACCCAACUUGUGACAAAUGAAACCUUGCUGUUAACUUAAAACUUGCGACAGAAGCGGUUAAACUCCGUGUGAAAUGUUUGCUUCUUCCAAUCAGCUAAUUUGCAUAUGGAGUUGUUGAAGGUGUUCUCCAGCCAAUGGGAAAAGAAGACCGUUAGUACCCAAGUACUGUCAUUUAUCUUAGUGUGCUUGUCGGUAGGCGAGGCUCUUUUUUGGUCAGUAUUAGUCGUCACCUCCCACCGGGAAGAGGUAACAACUCUGUAAGCGGCACACUCAAGUCGUGUCUGUCGGGUUGUUGAAACCUCUUUGCACCUGCGCCGCCAAGGUUUGUGCGUUACAAUAGCGGUGCACAUCACCGAUAUCCAGCAGGCGCAUGCAUACAAAUAAAACCCCGGUCUUCUCUUUCCCCUCGGAACUGCCUUGCCACUCAUGUUGUGCAUUUACAUUUUAUUGUGAACAUUCAUGGCAGUUUAAAAAAAAUGGCUGCCUUUCCCAACUGACUGGUAAAUAAUUUUCUGGUUGAGUUGCUGUUACUUAUGUCUCCAGUCACUACCUGGUCCAGCACAACUUAGCUAUACCCAGAUGAAAACUGACUCUGUAGGUUUUGUUUUGUUUUUGUUUUAAAUCUUAUUCUGGCCCCGUUGUGCAGAUGUUUUCAUCUGUAGAUAAUGAUGUUGAUGUCGGUGACCUCAAGAUAAGGUCGACCGUUCCAACAGCAUCGUUUCUCCAGGAGUAGAGUUUGAAUACAGAGCUGAUCUGCUGUCUUUCAGGAAUGUCAAUAAGUAUAUCUAUAUUCCCGGUUCCUGGAAAUGCUUUGACUGAUAUCACCUAAAAAAACAAAAAUGACUCCUUUUAAUCAUACAUUGUACUUAACAUUUUCCUGUGCAUAAUAUUUGAUUAAAAUUUGUAUCUUGCAUGAAUAGGAAUAACUUUUUUUUUCUUUUUCUUUUUUUUUUGUUGAUAAUUUUCAUUUAUUUUCACGGUCCAAAACAUGCUCACACACAAACAAAAACUCAUGUCAUUCCUUUUUUUGUCAUUUCUUUUAUAUAUAUAUAUUCUUUUUUAUGACAUUGACUUCAUUCUACCUUUUCGAUGUUAUAUUUAGCAAUUCCAAGUUCAGACAAUUAUAAAGCAGAAUCUCUGAAUGUUUUUAAUUAUUUAACAUUGGGGAAGAAUGGGGUUUGUGUUUGGUGUGGUGAUACAGAGGAUGGGGCUCUGACGUAGUUGAAGAGAAUUGGGGGGGCAUGUGACACAGUGUUCUGAGAAGGAACCCACCUUGUCUUAAUUCUCUUAUCAGUUGUAGUGAUUUGUUUUACAGAGUUUGGUUCGUGACAUUGAAAUAUACUCUUCAUGGCUCUGUUUGUUGAAGGUCCUGUCAGUUUCCUUCAUACUCGAUUGUCCAGCUGUAAGAUGUAAUAUAUAAUGUUGUAAAGGGGACUACAUGAAUAAGACAACACACGUCGUCUUCAUUCCCUUUAGGAAAAAAAGUCUACCCAGAUUAUAAAGGCUGUAAGAAUCUGCUGUAGUCUUUUGUGUUAUGGUGAACCAAUAAACUCCCACAUAUGAUGAGAAAUAA